AUGCCUUUGCGAGAGAUACUUCAUAAGAAGGACAGAAUCAAUGAUACCAGUGGCCAGUAUGCAGCGGGUGUCCCCUCCGCGUUUCUGAGCCCGGUUCCUCAAAUCAUUCGAUCCGAUACCACCUCCCAGGAAGUCGUCGCCCCACCAAUCUACGAAGGUGAUGAUGUCUAUCACCAACAGAACAGACAUCUCGAAGUGUCACCGCCUAGCUCUUCCUCGCGCCGUCGGUCACUGAAUCCAUUUAGUCGCUCGAGAGCGCCAUCUGAAUCCCUAGGAUCUCCACCGUCUCAACCGCGCGAAAGAAGGCUGUCGCAAUUGCUUCAUCGCGACCGGGGCAGCUCGCGGAAUUCCACCGCUACCUCGACCAAUAUCCCGUCUGAUCUUCCGCAAAUAAACAAUGAGAAAGGUGAUGAGCAGGAGAGAGAGGCUCAGUGGGAGAAAAGAGCAACGGUCUUGGUGCAGCGUAAUCCGAAUCUUGGAUCUCCGUUAUCGCCUUCUUCGCCGCGCUUCGGGAGACAUAGUAUAGAAUCACGGUCAAGGAGCUCUAGUCGGAGCGGUUUCAGUGAUCCUCAAGGAGAUGUUAACAUCCAAGAAGCGAUUCGGCUCCAUGAAGCUGGAGAAUUGGAGAAGUCAACGGAAAUGUUUCGUCGGUUGGCAGAUCCCAACGGUACGAAUAACGCACUGAGCCAAGUACUUUACGGCCUCGCACUAAGACAUGGUUGGGGAUGUCCCAAAUCGGAAGAACAGGCAGUGACCUAUCUCUCAGCUGCAGCAUCAAACUCGGCAUUGAUUGAGUCCCAGGCUCUCCAAGCAGGCAUGAAAAAGGGUGGUGCAGCCAAAGGGGAAUUGGUCCUUGCUAUCUUCGAGUUGGGUAACUGCUUCCGCAACGGCUGGGGAGUCAAGAAAGACCCUGCCGCAGCGCGCCAGUACUUCGAAACGGCCGCAAAUCUUGGUGACACUGACGCUAUGAACGAGGUCGCGUGGUGUUACCUAGAGGGUUUUGGCGGGAAAAAAGAUAAGUUCUCGGCUGCUAAAUAUUACCGAUUGGCCGAACAGAAAGGCAGCAAAUUAGUUGGGAAUUCUUGGAUAUGGAAAGAGAAAUACGACCCAAAGUGAACCGAAUGCUCCCGGUACCUUACAGCCUCGUUCCACCGAGAAACCCCGUUUAUGGGCCCGUCUCUUUGUUCAUCAGAUGACUCUCGACUACAUCAUUGGAGAUAGAGUUAUUUCUCAGCUACUGAGAUCAGCCAGCCAGACGUCUUCGCUCAUAGGACGAGGGGGGAAUAUCAUCGCCCUAAUAAUGGGGGUGGCCCAUAAGGGAGGCACACUAC